GAGUACUAACAUACUCCUUGCUAGAAAAUGGCCUCCCUCUCUUCGCUCUUGCUUGCGUCGGUUUUCCUCCUUGCUGGCUCAGCCUUCUUCUACCGCUACGAUACAGGCAGCGGCAACAAGACUAGCGCCACAACCACCACACACCUCCACUUUUACAUGCACGACGACUACACUGGACCACGCCCCACCGCGAUGCGCGUCGUGUCCGGGCGGGCUAUAUCCACCGGCGACGACGCCACAGCGCUGAAGACGGCGCCGCGGCAGUUCGGCGACAUCGUGGUGCUCAACAACGCGCUGACGGUGGGGCCCAGCGGCGGCAGCGCGCGGGUGGGCACGGCGCAGGGCUGGGCCGUCCGCGUGUCGGAGGGCGGCAUCGUAUCGGACCUGACGCUGCACCUGGUCCUCGAGGCCGGCGAGCACCGCGGCAGCUCGCUGACGGCGAGGGGCCGCAUCGACAUGGACGCGACGGUGCGGGAGUCGGUCCUCAUCGGCGGAACCGGCCGGUUCCGGUACGCGCGGGGCUACAUGCUCACCAAGAACUACGACUACAGCCUCGCCACCGGCGGCGUCGUCGAGAUCGACGUCUACGUGCAGGACGACUAGCUUGGCGCGUCGCCCGUCACCGUCAGCGCGAUUUGACGGGUUACUUGUAAUUGCUUGUAUAUUUUUCACUGCCUUCGUAUUUGACGCCGCAUGCCCGCGUGGCCUCAUGUGCUACAGUAAUCACGUUGCUACUUUUUCCGUUGCUA